ACCUCUACAAUCUCACCCAGUAUUUUCUCUCUCUCUCUCUCUCAUUCUCUCCCUCUCUCCUUUGUCCUUUUGAAGAAAAUGGGUAGCCUUGAAACAGAAAGAAAAACAACAGGAUGGGCAGCCAGAGACCCUUCUGGGGUUCUCUCACCUUAUACCUACACUCUUAGAAACACAGGCACAGAAGAUGUUUACAUCAAAGUACUCUGCUGUGGAGUUUGCCACACUGAUAUUCAUCAGGUCAAGAAUGAUCUUGGCAUGUCCAACUAUCCCAUGGUUCCCGGGCACGAAGUGGUGGGUGAGGUGGUGGAGGUGGGAUCAGAUGUUACCAAGUUCAGAGUAGGAGAGACCGUGGGAGUCGGAGCCAUCGUCGGAUGCUGCAGAAACUGCCGCCCAUGCAACGCCGACACCGAGCAAUACUGCAACAAGAAAAUCUGGUCCUACAACGACGUGUACACUGAUGGCAAACCCACCCAAGGCGGCUUUGCUGGCGCUAUGGUCGUCCACCAAAAAUUUGUGGUGAAGAUACCGGAUGGGAUGGUGGCAGAGCAGGCGGCGCCGCUGUUGUGCGCCGGGGUGACUAUUUACAGUCCACUGGCUCACUUUGGUUUGAAGCAGAGUGGGUUGAGAGGAGGGAUAUUGGGGCUUGGAGGAGUGGGACACAUGGGGGUGAAGAUAGCAAAGGCCAUGGGGCACCAUGUGACUGUGAUAAGCUCUUCGGAUAAGAAGAGAGAGGAGGCUUUGGAGCAUCUUGGGGCUGACGACUACCUGGUCAGCUCCGAUUCGACUCGGAUGCAGGAAGUCGCUGACUCACUGGACUAUAUCAUUGACACUGUGCCUGUGUUUCACCCUCUCGAGCCUUACCUUUCUUUGUUGAGGCUGGACGGCAAGUUGAUCUUGAUGGGUGUUAUCAAUACUCCUCUGCAGUUUCUCACCCCCGUCGUCAUGCUCGGGAGAAAGACAAUCACAGGGAGCUUCGUAGGGAGCAUAAAGGAAACAGAGGAGAUGCUUGAGUUCUGCAAAGAGAAGGGCCUGACUUCCAUGAUUGAAGUUGUGAAGAUGGAUUACGUUAACAAAGCCCUUGAAAGGUUGGAGAAGAAUGAUGUCAGAUACAGAUUCGUAGUGGAUGUUGCAGGAAGCAAUCUUGAUCAGUGAAAACCAAAACACCCAAGACAAAAAGCCAAAUACUAUAAUGUAAUUUUAGCUUCGUUUGAGUGAUAACUUUUCAAUGUGUUUCUCCAUAAUAAGAUGCUCCGGUGGUGUUUUCUGAAA